AUGGCCGCAGAUGAACCUAAGAACCUGUCGUUUGUCCUAGAAGGAAUAAAGAAGGUCAAAUUUGAAGAUCGGCCAGUGCCGGUUUUGAAGGAUGCCCACGAUGUCUUAGUGAAUGUGAGGUAUACGGGAAUAUGUGGAAGUGAUGUUCAUUACUGGGACCAUGGCUCCAUUGGCCCAUUUGUGCUUACAGAACCGAUGGUCUUAGGCCACGAGUCAAGUGGUGUAGUUACGGAAAUAGGACCUGCAGUCAAGUCCCUCAAAGUAGGUGACAGAGUUGCAUUGGAGCCUGGAAUAUGCUGCCGACGAUGUGAGCCCUGCAAGAGCGGGAAGUACAACCUAUGUGUUGACAUGGUGUUUGCUGCCACUCCACCGUAUGACGGGACCCUGGCAAAGUACUACGUCUUGCCAGAAGAUUUUUGUUAUAAACUUCCUAGUGCCAUGGAUCUAAAGGACGGAGCACUGAUGGAGCCCUUGGGAGUUGCUGUUCACAUUACUCGCCAGGCAGAGGUUAAGCCGGGUGAUACGGUGGUAGUGUUUGGCGCAGGGCCUGUGGGCUUGCUCUGCUGUGCUGCUUCGAGGGCGUUUGGCGCAAUCAAGAUUAUCUCUGUUGAUAUUCAGCCGGAAAGACUGGAUUUUGCAAAGAAAUACGCCGCAACAGGGGUAUUCCUACCAGAAAAGGCCUCUGCAGUGGAAAAUGCAGAGAGAUUACGUUCAGGACACGGGCUCGGCCGUGGCGCAGACGUGGUCAUCGAUGCUUCAGGAGCUGAACAGUCUGUCCAUACCGGUAUCUAUGUUGCAAGGCCAGGUGGAACGUAUGUUCAAGGAGGUAUGGGGCGAGACGAGAUCAGCUUCCCUAUAAUGGCAGCAUGUACGAAAGAGUUGAACAUGAAAGGAAGCUUUAGGUAUAAUAGCGGUGAUUAUAAACUUGCGCUGGAGCUGGUUGGUUCUGGCCGGUUAAGUGUUAAGGAGCUGGUGACGAAAGUGGUGGCGUUUACGGAUGCUGAACAGGCAUUUGAGGAAGUGAAGGCUGGAAAGGGAAUUAAAACGCUCAUCGCCGGGGUGGAUGGUUGA